GUGAAAGAAACUAAAAGAGAGAUGGGAAGAAAGGGACUCAUCCAAAUAUAUAUAUUAUCUGUGUACAGAGUACAGAGAGAAAAACGAAAAGGCGAAAACCAGAAAAAACCAAUUUAACACCGAAACAGAAAAACCAAAGAACACUUGCAAACACCUAAAACAAAGCAAACGAUAUUUCCUCCUAUAUAUUGUCUCUAACUCUAUCGCGCACACAAAUAAAUAGACCUGUCAAAUUCUGUUCUUUCUUUCUGUUACAAUUUUCUUUCUUUUUCUUAUAUAUAUAUAUAUAUAUAUAUAUAUAUAUAUAUAUAUAUAUAUAUCUGUUACCAAAUUCUAUUUCUUCUUUGCCUCCCUCACCGACCUAAACUUUCUUUCAUUUUGGGUUAUUAAUUUUUCUGGGGAGGCCAAGUUUGUGUUUCAUUCAUUUCAAUCUGAAUUGGGUUUUGGUUAAAUAUUGUAAAGGUGUGAAAUUUAAUGGAUCUCAGUUGGUUGUUGUUGUUGUUGUUGUUGUUGUUUUUGUUGUUUUUGGGUGAUUCUUUGCUUGUGAAUGUGAGUGGGAACAUAGUGUUCCCUGUGCAACACAAGUUCAAAGGCAGAGAAAGAAACUUGAGUGCAUUGAAAGCCCAUGAUGUACGCCGCCAUGGAAGGUUUCUCUUUGAUAUCGAUCUUGAAUUGGGUGGUAAUGGUCAACCUUCUGAAACUGGGCUGUACUUUGCCAAACUUGGGCUUGGAUCCCCUCCAAAAGACUAUUAUGUGCAAGUUGACACAGGAAGUGACAUUCUAUGGGUGAAUUGUGUUGGCUGCAAGAGCUGUCCAAAGAAAAGUGGUCUUGGUUUAGACUUGACACUAUAUGAUCCAAAGAGUUCCUCAACUUCAAGUUCGGUUGCAUGUGAUCAAGCUUUUUGCACUUCCACAUACAAUGGUCAACUUACUGGUUGUAGGCCUGACGUGCUUUGCCAAUAUGAAGUUGUUUAUGGAGAUGGAAGCUCAACUUCUGGUUACUUUGUGAAUGAUAAUGUACAAUUUGAUCGAGUGACUGGAAACCUUCAGACAGCACCAGGAAAUGGGAGUAUAAUAUUCGGGUGUGGAGCUAAACAAUCAGGGGAGCUUGGCACAUCUUCAGAAGCACUUGAUGGCAUACUUGGUUUUGGACAAGCGAAUUCAUCUAUGCUUUCACAACUAGCUUCAGCAGGAAAGGUGAAAAAAAUAUUUGCACAUUGCUUGGAUAAUGUAAAUGGAGGUGGAAUCUUUGCCAUUGGGGAAGUGGUGAAGCCAAAAGUGAACACAACUCCGUUGGUACCAAAUCAGGCACAUUACAAUGUUGUAUUGAAGGAAAUUGAGGUGGGCGGUGAUAAUCUAUCACUUCCUUCAGAUGUAUUUGACAAUGGAUUUCGGAAAGGAACCAUAAUUGACAGUGGUACAACAUUGGCUUAUCUUCCGCAGGUUGUUUACGGAGAACUAAUGUCUAAGAUCUUGGCUCAGCAGCCUGGCCUGAAAUUGCGUACUGUUGAACAGCAGUUUUCUUGUUUCCAGUACAACAGUGGAAAUGUUGAUGAUGGAUUUCCAACUGUCAAGUUUUAUUUUGAGGGUUCGCUUUCUUUAACGGUUUAUCCUCAUGAGUAUCUGUUCCAGAUUUCAGUAAGUAAUAAUGAUAACGUGUGGUGCUUUGGUUGGCAGAAUGGUGGGGAUCAAACAAAAGAUGGGAAGGACAUAACUCUUCUAGGAGAUUUGGUGCUUUCAAAUAAGCUAGUUUUGUAUGAUCUUGAACAACAGAUGAUUGGAUGGACUGAAUACAAUUGCUCUUCAAGCAUUAAGGUGAAGGAUAGCUCUGGAGUGGCGUAUUCCGUUGGCGCCCACAAUCUUUCAUCAGCUUCCACUCUGAUUAUUGGAAGAAAAUUAACAUUUUUGUUGUUAGUGAUUGCUACGCUGCUCAGCUUUAUCAAUUAAAUAGUUGCUGCAAGAGGCAUAGGGUUCAUUAAUUUUCUUGUACUAUAAUUUAUUGAAUGAAAAUGCGUGCUUCAAAUUA